AUGGAGAUCGAUUAUUUAAGUUUGAGAAGUAUUCGUAAUGAUCACCGUCAAGAGACAAAUAGAAAUCAUAAUGAUGAUGAAGACGACGAGGAUCAAUCUAUUGAGAUAGUUAAUGAAAAGCAAAAACAAUUCAGAAGAAGAAGUAGAACAGGAGCUUGUAGUGAAAGACUUAAAAGAGUUCAAAGUGAUUCAAAAAUUGCUCCGAAGAAGGAUAAUAAACCGUUGGCAGUAGAAUUUCAAAGCAAAAAAGCAUUGAUGAAUAGAGCCCAAGUUUUCUGCCUAAACUCAAAAUAUCCUUGCUUCAUACUAGAAAUGCAAAGAUCUUAUAUUUCACAUGAUCUACUGCGUAUACCAAUCGAGUUUUCGAGAGUGCACUUACAUGGGUUAGAGGGAAAAGCCAAAAUUGGAGUUAAUGGUAACAUGAGAUGGGAUAUUGUGUUAAGAUUUUGUGGUGAUAGAGCUACUUUCAGUGCUGGUUGGAGAAAUGUUUCCAAUGAUUUUGGCUUAAAAUUUGGUGAUGUUUGUGUUUUUGAGAUGAUUAAGGACACUCCACUUUCCUUCAACAUUUUUCUCAUCAGACCCAAACAGCAACCAAUAAGCCUUUGCCACCAAAACUUGCCAGACCAUUAUCAAAGCCUCCCUCAGCCAAAGAAAGUGCAAGGGCAAACCAGUCAAUCUAGAAAAAGAAAAAGAAGCAGUGAUGGAACUUUCAUGAGAAUCCGUGACAGAGCUCCCAACAUGCAGGAUGAUGAAUUUAUCCUUGAAAUUAAAGAUUAUCACCUUAGUGGAUCUACUGUGUUCAUACCAAAUGGAUUUUGUCGUAGGCACAAAGAUUGUCUUGGAAAACUUGUGAAUUUGAAAUUUGGAGAAAUUUUACGGCCAGUGAAAUUGUUAGCACGCGGUGCAUUUUCUGAAGGAUGGUUGAAUUUUGCAAAAGAAUGCAAAUUGAAUGCUGGUGACUUUUGUUCCUUCAAACUUGUUGAUGACCAAAAUCCUAUCUUUGAAGUUUCAACUGUAAAAUCAAAAUAG